AUGGGGCUCGGCUUCUUCUGCGGCUCUGGAAAAAUCCGGCAUAAGUAUACCAGCGAAGAAGCCGAGGGUGAAUUGGACUUGAAACAGGGACGGCGGCGUGCAUGGCGGAAGAGUGAAUUUAAAUUUGGAGGUCCGAGUCAAAGCGGCGAUGCAUUUCCUUUGCUACAAAAAGGCGACUGCUUCUACGUGGAGAAUGGCAAGCGUUGGCUUAUUUACAAUGACACGUUGGACCGGGAGAUGCACGUCACGAUGCAUUUUGACGCGGAUGCUUAUGUUUUUGCAUGCGAGCGCACUCAACUUUCACGAGAGCCGAGCGGAUGGGUAGCUAAAAUUGUUGCCUACCCUCUCGAGACGGUGCCGUUUGUUUUUUUUGACUCACGUCAUGUGAUCUACAGUGAAAUGGAGACAGUGCCACAGCCACUGACGGAAGCGUACCUGCAGAAAGUCAAUACCGCGGCAGUGGCGAGGCUGCAGCAAGAAAAAGAGGAGCUGAUGGGGAUUGCCUCACGCUGCUGUGCGGAGGAGGAGAUUCUGCGCAUCUGUCGC